CCUUAAGUAACCAUCUGUCUUAUGUUACCAUCCCAAACAUAACAUAUGAUACUAAUUUUAGUGUCCUGGAUCCCGAUUUACGUUUACUAUGUUAAGUCUUGUCUAUGAGACCAGGCUGCAACAUCGACACAAUAAAUUCUGACAAAUCCACUCUCACCGGCUCGCGACCGUGUUCACACUGCGCACAUCACUGCUUUUGUUAGCGUAAGCCCUGCCAAGUAGGUGUUAUUGACGGACAACCGGCAGCUGAGGUAUGCAUUACCUCUCUUCUGUAAAGCUCCAAAAAUACUAGCGCUGGUUCUCUGGGUGUGUGACAUGUUUACUGUACAACUCUGUUUACCGUGAGAGUAGAGGACUGAAAUGACUAUACUUCCUCUCUUCUAAAAGUCCUGCAUCAAUCCCUUGACCUCCUUCACUUUUGUUUUGUGUGAACUGUUAGUUCAAUUUGUCCUCCCUCUCUCCUGCUCAGGGAAUGCAGCCAUUCAAACAAACUGUCUGUUCUCUACUUAUAGUGUAAGCAAACAGAGCAGUGUUUGUCUCCAGUCUCUGCAAUGCUACUGGGACUACUGAAUGAUCGGCUAUUUUUAUUUUAAAUUGAACCUUUAUUUAUAUAAAGAACACGGUUUAUGUGACAGACAUGGAUUUGGACCUGGGAGGGAUAUUUCUAGAGAAUAGCACCUAUAACUAUGAUGGGGACUAUGUUUAUGAAGAGGAAUGCUCCCCUGAAGAUGGCGUUGGGGUGCGUUUUGGCACGGUGUUCCUCCCAAUGCUAUACUCCCUGACGCUGGUCCUGGGGCUAGUGGGUAACGUGCUGGUCCUGGUGGUUCUGGUCCAGAGGAGGCGGAGCUGGAGCGUGAUGGACACCUUCAUCCUGCACCUGGGCUUGGCCGACACCCUGCUGCUGGUCACGCUGCCCCUCUGGGCUGUUCAGGCCACUGGGGAAUGGAGCUUCGGGACCCCCCUCUGCAAGAUCACUGGAGCCAUGUUCACAAUCAACUUUUACUGUAGCAUCUUCCUGCUGGCCUGCAUCAGUCUGGACCGCUACCUGUCCGUGGUCCACACAGUCCAGAUGUACUCUCGCAGGAAGCCCUGGAUGGUGCAGGCCAGCUGCCUGUCCGUGUGGCUCCUCUCCAUCCUCCUCUCCAUCCCAGACGGGCACUUCCUGGAGUCUGUGAGGGACACCAGACGAGACAAACAGGAGUGUGUCCACAACUACCCGUCCCUCUCCCAGUCUUGGUUUGACUGGCGCCUGGCCUCCCGCCUGCUCUACCACACGGUGGGCUUCCUCCUCCCAUCUGCCGGGCUGCUCUUCUGCUACUCUUGCAUCCUGCUGCAGCUGCAGCGUGGCUCCCAGGGCCUCCAGAAGCAGAGGGCCGUCCGGGUCAUCCUGGCCCUGGUGCUGGUCUUCUUCCUCUGCUGGACUCCCUACAACAUCACCCUCAUGGUGGACACUUUUCAGGGGAGGCCUGGGCAGCCUGUUUCUGGGUCCUGUGAGAACGGGAGGACAGCUCUGGAGAACAGUCUGGUGGUUACGUUCGCUCUAGCCUGCCUGCACGCUUGCCUCAACCCAGUGCUCCAUCUCGGAUUGUGUAGAAACUUCCGGCGACGCGUACUGGAUAUGGUGAGGUGUGUUGAGGGGGUGCAGAACGAUCCAAAACUCUCACUAUGGGAUUCAGGUGUGGUUGAAGACUCACCUGACCAAGCAGAGGAGAUGGGGACGUUGAACCCAAUGACAACCAUGGGACAGGUACAGUCCACCCAGAGCUGAUGGGUAGGAAGAGGAUCCUAAUGACUAAUAUAGUAUGUCUUCCUGCCUUGAGGGGAAGUUGUAUGGGUCUGGGGACUGGUGGAUGACCGUAACCUGGGUCAUGGGUCUGGGGACUGGUGGAUGACCGUAACCUGGGUCAUGGGUCUGGGGACUGGUGGAUGACCGUAACCUGGGUCAUGGUUCUGGGGACUGGUGGAUGACCGUAACCUGGGUCAUGGGUCUGGGGACUGGUGGAUGACCGUAACCUGGGUCAUGGGUCUGGGGACUGGUGGAUGACCGUAACCUGGGUCAUGGGUCUGGGGGCUGGUGGAUGACCGUAACCUGGGUCAUGGGUCUGGGGACUGGUGGAUGACCGUAACCUGGGUCAUGGGUCUGGGGACUGGUGGAUGACCGUAACCUGGGUCAUGGGUCUGGGGACUGGUGGAUGACCGUAACAUGGGUCAUGGGUCUGGGGACUGGUGGAUGACCGUAACCUGGGUCAUGGGUCUGGGGACUGGUGGAUGACCGUAACCUGGGUCAUGGGUCUGGGGACUGGUGGAUGACCGUAACAUGGGUCUUGGGACUGGUGGAUGACCGUAACCUGGGUCAUGGGUCUGGGGGCUGGUGGAUGACCGUAACCUGGGUCAUGAGAGAAAGACAUGCAUAGUAGAAAGCCCCUUAUGAGGACUGCUUUCUUUGAAUUGCACUUUAAUGGAUAACGCUCAGACUAAAUGUAUAUUUGUAUAAAGUCAGUGGGUUGUCUGAUCUUCACGUUUUGUUUUACCUAUCGAUGUCGUCCGGCUCUGUAGAAUCUGUUGGAAAGAUUCAUGCAUUAAUUAUUCAAACCUACAAACUUUUAUUUGGCUCUAUACUCCAGCAUUUGGGAUUUGAGAUCAAAUGUUUUAUAUUAGGCGAUGGUACAGCAUGUCAUCUUUUAUUUGAGGGUGUUUUCAUACGUUUCUGUUUUUGUAACGGUUCUCGUCCUCCUUUUCUGAGGAGGAGUAGCGAGAAGGAUCGGAGGACCAAUGUGCAGCGUAGUAGGUGUCCAUAAUGUUUUUUAAUAAAGACAAUAGAACACUCGAACAGAACAACAAAUGAUGACGUGAAUAUACAUAACCGAAAAGAGUACCGUGUGGACCAAACACUCACACGGAAAAUAAUCACCACAACCCAAAAGUGAAACCCAGGCUUCCUAAGUAUGAUUCUCAAUCAGGGACAACGACUGACAGCUGCCUCUGAUUGAGAACCAUGCUAGGCCGAACUCAGAAAUCCCAAAUUAUAGAAAAAUGAACAUAGACAACCCACCCAACUCAGCCAUGACCAUACUAAAAGAAAGACAUAACAAAAGAACUAAGGUCAGAACGUGACAGUUUUACUGCUUAGAAAUGAAUGCACUUUUAUGUAUCUAGUCCCGCUAUUAGAAGGUGUCAUAAGUAUUUGGAUAAAUUCACUUCAGUGUAUUACGUUUAGUCAAAAGUUUAGAAUUUGGUCCCAUAAUUCUAGCACGCAAUGACCAAAUCAAGCAUGUGAAUCUACAAACUUGUUGGAUGCGUUUGCAGUUUGUUUUGGUUUUGUUUCAGAUUAUGUUGUGUCCAAUAGAAAUUAAUGAUAAAUAAUGUAUUGUUUCAUUCUGGAGUCACCUUUAUUAUAAAUAAGAAUAGAAUGUGUUUUCUUCUAUAUUAAAAUGGCUACCAUGAUUACGGAU